AUGGCUGAAUUGUUUAUUCCAAAGAUAAUAGAUGUACUGGGUGAUGUUGCCGUGAAGCAGCUUGGGGAGAAGGUCAACCUGGUGAUGGGGGUUGAAGAGGAGGUGGCAAAUAUCUCCUCUAAGUUGGCAACCAUUGAAAAAGUGCUGCAUGAUGCAGAGAGACGAAGGCUGAAGGACAGAAGUGUUGGAAUUUGGCUAGAAAAACUUGAGGACAUAACAUAUGAGAUGGAUGAUGUGCUGGACGAAUGGAACUUCAUGAUUCACAGAGCAAAGAAUGAGGGAACUAAUCAGAAUGCCAGAAUGCAGCCUACACUGCGGAACAAGGUUCGUUCCUUUAUCCCAUCCCUUUGUUCUUGUCUCAAACAAGUUCCUGUGCGUAGUGAUAUAGCUCAGAAAAUAAAGAAAAUAAAUGGACAGCUAGAAUUAACUUUGAAAGAGGCAGAUCAAUUCAAAUUUAUUUCAACUGGGGGGAUUCCUGAUUCUCAAGAUUUUCAGCGAAUUAUGACUACCUCAAUCAUAGACGAAUCAGAGGUCUAUGGUCGAGCAGCUGAUAUGGAGAAGGUUCUUGACCAAAUUUUGUCCAAGAGUAGUAGUCAAGGAAGGGAUGGGGUUCAAAUUAUCUCUGUAGUAGGGGCCGGGGGUAGUGGAAAGACCACACUCGCCCAGCUGCUCUUCAAUAAUGAUAAAGUGCAGAACCACUUUGAACUUAGAAAUUGGAUCUGCGUAUCAGAUCCCUUUGACCAGAAAAGGGUCGCGAAAGCUAUCCUUGAGAAUGCUGGAAAAAGUUCUCAUGAAGCAGAGUUGGAUCCGUUGAUCCGACGAAUAAAAGAAACUUUUUUCGGUAAGAGAUUCCUGCUUGUCCUAGAUGAUGUCUGGACAGAGGACGACUCAAAGUGGAAACCUUUCCAAUACGCUCUCAAGGAUGGGGCUCUCGGAAGUGUAAUCUUGGUAACAACAAGGAGUCAUAGAGUGGCCACAGUGGUGGGAUCGACUGAUACUCACGACCUAGGCAUGAUCUCUCACUCUGAUUGUUGGCGAAUAAUGCAAAGGAUAGCAUUUGCCAAAAAAUCAGGGGACUUGUACAAAAAGGUGGAAAGAAUUGGGCAGAAAAUUGCAGAAAAGUGCAAGGGGUUGCCACUUGCUGCGAAGACUAUGGGAAGCCUGUUACGGUUCAAAGAUACCGUACAACAGUGGCAGAAUGUUUUGGACAGUGAGAUAUGGCAAUUGGAGGAAGCAGCUGUGGAACUUUUCCCUCAUUUUUAUAGAAGAGCUUAUUAG